AUGCUUUUUGCUGUGUGUGCAGCGUAUGACACACAACCUUUGCGCAAUCAUUACAAGUCCUGUCAGACCGCAGCGGAAGAGCAAGCCAGUGUCAAGAUUCGCGUCAGUAAUGUCAAGAAGAAUCUUACCUUACAGUCAAGACAGAUUGCGACGAGCAAUAUCAACGUGAAUACACGUGCCGAGGAUUUUGACAUGCAUUAG